UCAACAUCGUUCGACGCCCGACGCCGCCGUCACGGGGAGAAACAUGGUCGGCACGCGCCGGCAGGUCUAGCGCCGGCACUGGCACCCGGGAACGCACACGAAGGGGAUCCUCAGAGGCGUUCGAGCCCGAUUUACGUCGGAUCGACAACGAGACAUGGGGUGCACUAUGCCACUAGUCUCGAGCACACACCUGUCGACGCUCCUUCACCCUGCUGGUUCGAGUUCGUAUACCGUUGAUGAAGGACGCCCUUCUUUGGUUUUUUCUGGUCUCUCCUACUUCAUUCCCGUCGUCCCUUUCACCUCCUCCAUGCCUUAACUCAAUCGCCAUCAAUGCCGUUGGGAAAUGGCUCCUGAUUUAACAUGAGUGACUCCAGCAGCAACAACGCCUCAGAUGACGUCCCCGCCUAUUACGACCCGACAGCGCCCGCCCCCUAUUGGCGUCGCGAUUUGGAGCUGGCCAUUAUCUGCAUCACAAAUAUCUUUACCUUGACCAUAAUCGCAGCCCGCAUCGCUACGCAAUAUAAAAGAUUCAAGAGAAUUCGCAAGGGAGAAGCAUGGCUGGCGGUCGCGGGAGUCAUUCUCAUAUUUCCGCUCUGGGCGUGCCAGAUUGGAAUGAACAGAUACGGCAGCGGCCUACAUGCGUGGAAUAUUCCAGAUGAAUGGCUCGAGCCCUACUGGAUCUACAGUUGGGGUUGGCUCGGAUACUAUUUUGAUGUCUCAAUGAUCAAGGUUUCGGUGUGUUACAGCUUGCUUGAAAUAUUGCCGUCCAGCUUCAGAGGCUUUCGUUAUCUGGUAUACUCGCUUUGCAUAGCAAUCAUGGCCCUCGGCACUGCAAACGCACUGAUCUGGCUUUUUCAAUGCCAACCAUUUAUGAGCAACUUUGAUUUCGACGUUGAGCCAACGUCAUGUAUCGACAUUGAUAUAACAAGAUAUGUAUGGGCCGGAGUUAGCAUAGCGAUCGAUGUCUUGUUGAUAUGGAUACCUCUUGCUGUUCUGCAACGCACUCGUCUACAAAAGCACGAGAAAGUCGUGCUGAUGCUCGUUUUUGGAGCAAACAUACUGGGAUCUAUUGCCACGGGAGUGAGCUGCUAUGCUAUAUGGUUGAACCGUGAGAGCAAUGCAGCUGCGGAUCUUACCUACACGGAGACGCCUCUCGUCAUAUGCAACAACAUUGAAAUACUUUUCUACACUAUUGGCGGAUCGUUAACAGUACUCUCACGAUAUUUCAUCAAAAGAGCAGCGGCAUAUUCUCAGGGUACACAAUUAAAAUCCAAGACGCCUUCUUCCGGGUUCUCGAAAAUUCCCGAAGCCAUCCGCAAGAUCUCCAACUCUGCAUCUGGUUCUCGUGCGCAGCGCCAGGAAAGCAAGGUCCCUAGCAGCAACCUCAGUCCAUUACCACAGCAUCAUGGCGAGGACAUUGAGCUGCAAGAGCUACAAGGGCAACAACCCUUCGCACACGCCGCGCCUGGUAUGGCUGCAGAAGAAGACAGUACCUGGCAAACAUGGGAGACAAGUUACGGCAUUACCGUAAGACGGAAUUUAUCGCCAUCAUGUAUUGACAGCAUUGGUGUUCUGCCUGAUAUCGAAACGCCACCGCCAGAGGAAUGGCAGGGCCUAGGAGAGAGACAAUCCAAUGGUACUACGUGGCUUGAUACUGUCCGCGAGCCUUCGGAGGAAGACGUCCCACCACCUUCGCCGUUCUCUCCAAUUCGCCAUACGGAGUUGACGAAUGGUCAGAACAACCAUUGACGGGAGUGCACCGGCUAGGUGCAGAGCGCCUAUCCGGGAAGGAAAUAAUAAUAAGACACAUUGCGAACGACGCCCAGCGGGAUAUUUCCAUUCUGGCAAACCAAUUACGGAACGAGAGUAGUUCUCAUUCUCCACCAUUCGCUACAUUGUC